AUGAAUGCCAAACUUUCCGACCCUAAACGCAUAAUGGGUGCCCAAGGAUCUCGACGCCGCCCGAGACGAAGUGAAGAUCCAGAACGAGAUGAUGAGGAAGACGAAAACAUGAUUGACUUCAGAAUAUUAGUGCACGAAAGCCAAGCUGGGUCUGUAAUCGGUCGAGGCGGUGAACGUAUUAAGGACCUUCGUGAUAAAUACAAAAUGCGUGUUAUCAAGGUGUACCAGAUGUUGGCUCCGUUAUCUACUGACCGAGUUGUACAGAUGGUUGCUGACCCAGACAAUGUCGUCCAGUGUUUGAGAGCUGUGAUAGAAGCAGUAGAGUCUGCUCCUCCUCGUGGUCGCCGUGAGGAUUAUGACGCUGCCAACUUCAGUGAGGGUGAUGCUCUCAACUAUGGCGGUUGGUUGUCUCGAGAAGCUGCAGCAGCACUCGCUCAAGGGAUGCCUCUCCGUGGACCUGGGUGCAUGCCGCCGAUGGGUUAUAACAUGGGAGGUCCGUACAUGAUGGGUGGUGGAGACAUGGGGCCGAUGGGUGGCGGUAUGGGCCCUAUGGGAGGAGGGAUGGGACCAGGUGGAGGAAUGGGUCCUAUGGGCGGUGGACCAGUUCCUGGAGGUCGUGGUAGAGGACCUCGCUCCGGUGGCGGAAUGAUGAGUGGAAGCGCGCCUCUCGCCCAAGGCCAGCGAGGAAUGAUGGGCUCUUCAGGCCCAGCACCUGUCCCCCCUCCUGCCGGUCGCAACAGCUCUAUGGGUCCUCCAGGUGGUUAUAGUAGUUCCGCAGACGGAGGCUACGGUGGUCAAGGUGGAUAUGACGGGUCAGGAGGAUUCGACAACGGAGUAUACGGAGGCAUUGACCAAACUGGACAAGGAGGAUUCAGCGGCCCUGGAUACGGUGGAUCAGGCAACAUGGCUUCUGGAGGUUACGGUGGGUCUGGGUAUGGUGGAAGCCAGCGUGGAUCGGGUGACAUGGCAGGUGGUCAAAGUGCUUCCCGCGGCGGCACCUAUGGUGGGUAUGGAAGUAUGGGAUCUGGAGAGCAUGUUGGAGGCAAAGCCAGCCAGUGGUAUGGCGGAUGGUCUUAAACACUUACUUGCAUUUAAUUUCAGUAAAAUAUACCUGUUAAUAAAUAACAAUCACCUGUUGGUUCUUGAUGACGUGUAGAUGAGACUGAGUCCUUGGUUUGCGUGUUCAUUGCAGUUAAACGAGUGCCGUUUUGCAGGUGUGUUUGAUUUAAAGUUUAUGAGGAUGUCAGUCCGAUCAGUAAUCGAGGAAAUGACGUUGCAGUUGUUAUGAGCUUGUUCAAUCCGCUCGUGAAUAUACGGUGGUAGGUCACCAACACGAAAGUAGAGUGGUCGGAGGCUACGUACAGUCUGUUCCUACUACAUAGAGGCAGAGUGGUCUGGUUGUUCCGCCUAGAUCUCGUUGCAACUGGCGGUUGGUGUCUAUUGUGCGAUGGGACAUGGUACACAGAACGGGUACUCGUAUAUAUAUAUAAUCGUUUCCUAUCAUUAUUUUGUUUGUAACAUUUCCUAUCCAGAUUUAGGUAUGGCUUGUUAUUCGUUCAUUUCUGACAGAAGAUUUACCGAAGUAUGUUUUAUGAUAUAUUAAGGUUGUGUGUUUGUACAAAGCAAGACGGGACUCAGUAUUUUUCAACCUGAAAAUCUGUUGGUGUUACGAAUUGGCGGUGAGUUACGGUAAUCCCCAUAAUGUAGAGACAGGAACAUCAGUGGUUGCAAUCCAUUGCUUAAUUGGCAGACCUACAGUUUUGGAACUAGGGUUAGGUCGCUUUCAUUUUAUUUACCUAGUCAGAUGUGUAGAGACUUUAUUCGGUAAUGAACUUUACUUGUUUAGAUAGAAUGUUGAUUAGUCGACAGUGAAACUAAUAAAUAUCUACUUUCAUAAAACUUAUCAGUUGACGUGCUGAGUUCGCGAUACUCUACAAGUGAUUCUGUUUAUACUGUGUUUUUCUUCACUCCACGCAAAAAUUACUCAAAAUAUUUAAGAAGCACUGAACAUGAUUGUGAACUAAGUAAAAUUUAGGCAAUAAGCAUGAAUAACUAGUAUAUUUAAAUCUUGAGCAUUUGUCAGAUUUCUACGAGUUCCUGACAUGGUUAUUGCAAAUUAGCAUCAGCUUAAUCGUUUCUCUUUGCAAUUCGACAACUACACUGCAUACGAUUGGUACUUCGAGGAUAUCACUUGUUGGAUUCCUUGGCCACAUACUUACCUAUUUGAUCAACAUAGUCGUGAAAUUCAAAAGUGAGCACUGUAACAUUAAUUACUAGUCUUAUGUUGGGAGGGAGUAUGUCGUCUGUUUGUAUGAAUAUUAUUCUGAUUCUAAAUUUUCUUAACAUAUACACUUGGCAUAAUAAUAUCGUUUAGCUGAUCUCAGUGUGAUCUAGAAUUUCCUAGUAUGAUGAGUUGGUAGAUAUAUAAGUGAUUUUUAGAAAGUUAUGAACAAACUCGAUAUCUUCGUUAGUCAUCACUCAUUAUAAUUAGCUAUGAUUAAAGCCUCAAUCAGUUGUUUGACAACCUCACAUUAUCAAAUAUAUUUUUGUUUUGUGGUCUCAUUCGGUGAAGUGACCAUAUUUUCCAGUUAAUUAAAAGCAAGUCAGCCAGUCAUAUGCACACAGAACUUGGUAAUUAUAUAUGCAUUGGUUCAAUUUGCCACACUGCAGUAACAUGGGGAGAUGAAAUUACCAAAACAAUCACAGUAGCAAAAAUAUCAGUAGUCGUAGAAAUGAUUAGGUAUAAAAGUAAGGAAAAAAGAUAUACAGUGUUUCCAUAUAAAAUGUGGAUGGAGUAUAGCAUAGCACCAUUAAGUCUAUAUUUAUUCUAGAAUCGAUAAGAGGGUGAGUAUGUGAUCAGUUUAUCCUUGAGCAAUAGUGAGACAUACCUAAUCCUCUGUAUGAUAGUAUCUUAUAGCUUAUAAAUUAACAGGGUCUAUCUCCUUAUACUUGUUAAGGCAUGUUAUCAGCCCUUAUUCACAAGGUUAGACUGGUCUAAAGAAACUAUAAGUGUCAUGUGGCAUGUAUAUUUGUCUCUCUUAUCAAUAAAUUCAGGCUGCUAUAUCUAAAAGGGGCUUGUCUGGACAGUCUAAUGACUAAGUAAUACAAUUCCAAAAUCAUCUGAAUUCAUCAAAUGUUAUGUAGGAAAAUCUUAUCAAUUGAUGAAGUUCUUACUUUUAAAAUGAAUGAAUUAAAUGCGGAUCUAUUGGUGUGACCGCGUGCUAGCUCCUCACAUGACAGAAAUAUCUACUCGAUCACAAAGAACUAAGAUCGAAAACACUAGGUGGAACAAUAGUUUUCCUUUCUUAUUAAAU